AUGGCUGGGAAUGGAGCUACCGGAGGAGGAGGAGCUGCUGUGGGUGGCGCGACAGGGGCUCAAGGCACCGCUGCCGCCCAACUGGAAACCAUGGUGCGUCGUUUGGGGCGUGUGUGUGUGUCAUGCGCACGCUUGGUGUGCGUGCGUAGUGACAUGCGCACGCUUAGUGUGCGCGCUUGCAGCUUUCGUGUAGCGUUAGACUCACGCAUUGCCGGAUGGCUGUGGUUGGUGAUCUGCAAGGCAAAGGAGUGGCACGCGUGUGUGUGUGACAUUGAGUGUCUGGGAGUGGGGGUGGGAGAGGGAGGUGUGUUUGUUCGCACGGACGAUGACGAGAUAUAUUACUUCAAUUUCCAGACGGGCGAGAGCGUGUGGGAUCACCCCUGCGACGACCACUAUAGAGCCCUGUACACGGAUGAGAAGAACAAGCUCAAGGCGGCAAAGGCUGCUGCAGCAGCAGCAGCCACCAGUGGCAGCAGCAGUCGGAGGGGGGCGGGGGUUGAGGAGGCGCGGGGAAGACGCGAAGAGGAGGGCAGGCGGGGGGGGCAGGGGGGUGCUCGUGGGGGAGGGGGAGGGGGAGGAGGCGGAGGAACAGGGGGGAGAGGCGAGGGAGGGGGGAGGGGCGAGGGAGGUGGGAGAGGGGAGGGAGGGGGGCGGGGAGAGCCAGGGGGGCGGGGAGAGGGAGGAGGAGGAGGGGUAGGAAACGGGUCAGCAGCAGCAGCAGCAGCAGGGGGAGGGGGAGGGGGGAUGAGGGAUGGAGCGGCGGUGAAGGGGGGGGCACGGGAUGGGCUGGUACGGCAGGCGUCGCUGCCCCCACAGCCCAAGGAGGAGCAUCGUAACAACCUGUUCCGCCAGGGCUCACUGCAACCCCAGUCCAUGCUGCAGCGGAGGCGCAAGGUGGUUCCCAAGGGCUCAAGAGACGCCUCUCCGGAUUCUCCAAACGCAGGAGUGCCUCAGGGGCGAGGGCGCCUCUCCAUCACAGACAGCUCAGAGGACGAUAGAGGCAUGGCGCGCGCUGCUGCUGCUUCCCAGCAGCAAAUGAGACUCCAACAGCAGCAGCAACAGCAGCAGUUUCAGCAGCAGCAGCAAAGACAGGCUAGACAGCAGCAGCAGCAGCAGCAGGGGGGGGAGCAAGGGCUAGGGGGUAACCAGCAGAGCAGGAGACCACCCGCAGGGUCGGGAGCAGGGGGAGGGGCAGGUGGAGGUUCGGGUGCUUCCGAUAGGGGAGCAGGAGGUGGAGGUUCGGCUGCUGGAGGGUCGGCGGCAGGUUCGGCAGGAGGUUCGGGGCAGGAGGUAGAGCUGCUGCAUCAGGUCACGUGGUCUCCCGAGCUUGGGCAGGGUCGGCGGUCCCCCAUGGCUAGCUCUCUGGCUCGGGCGGGGUCUAUGGGUGCUGCUAUCAAGGGAAAGCCCACAGUUCUGGAAGAAACGGAUGAGGAAUGGGAAACGUCUGAUGACGAAACGGGCACCAGACCCCCUUCAUCAGCUGCUGCUGCUGCUGCUGCUGCUGCUGCUGCAUCAGCAUCAGCACCAGGUGCAGCAGCAGCAUCUGGAAUUCCAGUUUCCCAAUCCCCCGGUGUUGUGCCUAGUGCUGCUGGAGGGGGGGGACAGGGGGCAGGCGCAGGAGCAGGGGGAGGAGGGGGAGGGGGAACAGGGGGAGGUGGGGGUGGUGGUCGGGGGGGCGGUAGAGGAGGAGCCGAGGGUUACCACCAACAGCAGCAACAACAGCAGCAGCAGAAGCAUGGAAUGGUGCCUCGGAGGGCGGGUGGAACGCCGAACCAGAACCAGGAGGUUCGGCGAGGGGGGGGAGGAGGGGCAGGGGGUGUUGGCGGCGGUGGUGCGGAGGGUGGGGGCAGGGGGGAAGCAGGUAGCAACAGCAGAAGACCAGGGAGUUCUGAUAGGGUGGGAGGGGAAGCUGGGGUGGUGGGAGCAGGAGUGAGUGGUGUGGGUGCUGUUGGUAAGGGAGGAGCAGAGGGACGGGAGGGCCGGGAGGGGAGGGAGAGGAGGGAAGAGCGAGGAGAAGGAGUCGGGGGGAGGCAGGAGGGGGAGGGGAAGGAGAGGCGGAGGUCUUUGGAGGGGCGGGGGAGUGGCACGGGGGGGGAGAGGGCAGGGGAGAGAUCCGCGGAGAGGGGGGAUCCGAGGGAUGGGCGGGGGGGAGAGGGGGCGGGGAGAGGAGGGCCGAAGAGAACUAGCAGCACAGAUGCCCAGGGGGGAGUGGGUAACGGCCAGGGCAGUGGUCAGGGCAUGCAGGGUUACUCAAGAGGAGGAGGGGGUGAGGCUAGUCAAGAUCCGCAGCAGAGAGGUGGUGCUGGUGGUGCUCGCAAGGCGUCUGGGCUGGCUGAUGGGCGGCUUGCAGGAGGGGCGCAAGGGGGAGGCGUAGUGCAAGGGACAGUGCAGGCGGGUGGCUCUGGUGGUUUGCUGGCGGCUGCAGCGGUGGAGAGACAGAAACGGGAAGGGGAGGAGGUGGCGGGUAAAGGAGGGCCAGCUAAGGAACCCAAGGAUAAAGACGCUGAUGCUGAGGACGACGAGGUGGCUUGCCUUCGAGAGGCAGCAGCAGCAGCCCAGAGGCGAAUAGCGCGGUACGAGGCGGAGUGUAACGGGCCCUCACUCGCCCUGUCUGCCCUUCCCCCUCCCCUUCCCCCUCCCCUUCCCCCUCCCCUUCCCCCUCCCCUUCCCCCUCCCCUUCCCCCUCCCCUUCCCCCUCCCACCCCCUCACCAGGACGACGAGGUGAUUUGCCUUUGGGAAGCAGCAGCAGCGGCGCAGAGGUGAAUAGCACGGACGAUGAGGACGAUGAGGUGACUCGCCUUCGGGAGGCAGCAGCAGCGGCGCAGCGUCGAAUAGCGCGGUACGAGGCGGAGUGUGACGGGCGGCUGGCAAAACUCAAGGCGGAGAGGGAGGCGCUGGUGAGGCGGCGAGAGGUGGAGAUCACACGGCUGGCGGAGCAGCUUGGCACGUCAACGUGCAACUGCCUCCGGUGCUUGCUGAGCGCGCAGCGUGGCAGUGGACGAGGGGCGAGCGCUCAUCACACGGGAGAGAGAGAUGCAGCCGUGACAGCAGCCAAGGAGGAGGUGGAGCGGGAGAGACAGCGGGCCAUCGCUCCCUUUGAUGCGGGGGCACUCACCCAACCCCGCAGUGUAGCAGUGGACGAGGGGCGGGCGCUCAUCACGAGAGAACGUGAUGCAGCGGUGGCAGCAGCCAAGGAGCCCUUUGACGCGGGGGCACUCACCCAAGCGCGCAGUGUAGCAGUGGACGAGGGGCGAGCGCUCAUAACACGGGAGAGAGAUGCAGCCGUGGCAGCAGCCAAGGAGGAGGUGGAGCGGGAGAGACAGCGGGUCAUCGCUGUGCUGCGAGAGGAAGCUUCCCUGAAGGUGGCGUUGGAGCGGCGGCACCUGCAGGUGGAUCCUCAGGUGGUGGCGCUGGUGAAUCUGGAGGAGGUGGCCCGGCAGCAGGAGUUUCUGAAUCGGUGGCGUGCAGCACUGGAGCAGGAGAAUCCACAAGUCCUAGCGCGAUGGAAGGCGGCAGCAACGGAGGAAGAGCAGCGAAUGCUGGAGCUGGCACGGAGAGAAGCAGCAGCGCGGGUGGAGCGAAUAGUAGAGCAGGAGGAGCGGCGGGAGCGAGAAUCAGCCCUCAAGGGCAUCCGAGAGCGGGUUCGGGCAAAGCUAGGGGAAGAGGAGAGGCGGAUCGUUGCCCAGGAACGGGCAGAAAUGGCUUCCCGUGUUGCCGAAGCUGUCGCGGAGGAGCGGGAACGGCUCGUGGAGGCUCGGCGGAAGGAGGUGUUGGAUCGGGCGGAGAGGGAGGCUGGGGAGGAGGCGGAGAAGAGGAGACAGGCGAGGUUGCUGGAGGCUUGGAGGAGGGUAGAGGCUGAGGUGGAGGGGGUGCAGGAGGAGGGGUGGGAGAGUGUGGUGGGGAGGGCGAGGGGAGUUGCAGAGGAGGCAGGGAUUUCAAUGGAUGGAGAAAAGGGGAAAUUGCUAGAGAUUGUGCGGUGGUCGCUGGAGGAGGAGAGGAAAGAGUUGAGUGAACAGAGGGUGGCUGAGGUGGUGGAAGCGUUAAAGGAGGAAGAGAGGGAGGUUGUAGCGCGGAUAAAGAAGGAGAAGGGGGUGAAUGGAGAGGUGGUGGGUGCUGAUGGGGUUGGCGGUGCUGUGAGCGCUGCUCUGAAGGCCCGGGCAGAGGAGGAAGCUGCUGGGAAGCUGGAGAGGUUGAGGAAGGAAGCGGAGGAGAGAGUGAGGGAGCAGGUGAGAGGAGAGGAGGCUGCGUUGCUGGCCAGAAGGAGAGGGGAGAUGGAGCAGAGGGCUGAAGCGUUGGGCAGAGGCGGGAAGGGUGCGGUGAUUCAGCUGGAGAAGGAUUUCCUGGAAGGGGAGUUAGGGGAGAAGAUCGCACUUAUGAGGAAAGAAGCGGAGGAGAGGGAGGUGCGGGAAAGGGAGAGGCUUAAAGCGAGUAUAGAGAGGCGGCUGGAGGAGGUUGUGGAGGGGGAGGAGAGGGCGAUGGAAGGGGUGGUGGAGGAGAGGAAGAAGGAGAUGAGGGAGAGGGCCAGGCGGGCUGUUCAGGAGGAAGAGAAGAAGCUUCUAGAGGAGAUGCGAGCACAGGUUCGGAAGAAGGUGGAGGAUAGGUUUGGCGCCGAGGCUGAGAGCUGGGCAGGUUCGGUGAGGGAGGAGUUGAUGGAGCAGGCGAAGAGGGAGGUGGAAGAGGAGGUUGAGGAGUGGCGGAGGAAGGAACUGGCUGGUGCUGGGGUGCAGGGGAGUGGGAGGAAGGGUAGGAAGAGGGGAGGGAAGAAGGGGAAGGAGGACGGGGGAGAGGAGGAGGAUGAAGAUGGGGAGGAGGAGGAAGAUGAGGAGUUGGAGGAGGAAAGGGAGAUGAGGAGGCAAGAAAUGAUGGAGGAAUUAGAGGAGGAGGUUGAGACAGAGAAGCAGAGGCGGUGGGAGGAGAUGGAGGAGGAUCUCAUCAGCCAAUGGGAGGCCAAGAAAGAGGAGCGGCUCGCUGAGCUGGCACGAAAAGUGGACGCUGACGUGGCGGAGGGGUAUGAGAAGUUGAGAAGGGAGAAGGAGGAGGAGAUUGAGCGGAAGAUUUGGGAGCAGAAGGUCGCUGAGGUGGACGGGCAGAUUGGAAAAUUGCUCGAGGAGGAACGGGCAGUUCGGCUCCAAGCUGCCCGAAAAGUCAUGGAUGCUUCGUUAAGAAAGCAAAUUGCGAGUGAGAGGGAGGAGAGUCUGGGGCAGAUGAGGAAGGAAUGGGAUGAAAUGGAACCAGAGCAGCAGGAGGCUUGGGUGGUGCAGCAGAGAGAGGAGAAGGGGCGGAGGAUGGAAGAAGAGAUGAAGAGGCGGGUAGAGGAGGAAGUAAGGGAUUACAGAGAGAGAAUGCUGGCGACAGUUGCCGCAGAGGAGAGGGAGGUGCGGUCGAGAGAGAGCAACAAGAGAGACCUGGUGAGGAUUGAGAGAGAGUACAAGCGGCAGAGGCAGGAAAUGGAGUUGAGGGCCUCACAUGCUCUAGAGGCGUUUAGAACGGACCUGAGCGUGAGGCUGGAGCGGGAGAAGCUGAGACUGAGACGGGAAGCGAAGCACGCUCUAGAGAGGUAUGAAAUUGAGCUGGAUAUUAAGGUGGAGAAAAAGGUGGAGUCUAUGAGGGUGGACCUUCAGAUUAGGCUAGAAGCUAUGCGGAGGGAGAUGGAGGUGACUCUGCGGAAGAAGGUGGAGGAGGAGCGGGUGAGACGGCUGGAGAUUCUGAGUCGCGAGUUGAAGGCGGAAGAGAGGGAGAUGAGGCGGGGGUGGAGGGAGCUUAUGGCGCAGGAGGAAGCCAAGGUGAGAAGGCAGUACGAGCAGAGAAGGAAUCUGUUGAGUAAUGCGCUAGAGAGUGAGUCGAGUGGUGUGGAGGGGAGAGGGGGCGGUGUGGGGGGAGAGGAUGGGAAGCAGCGAGGCGGGAGGGGUGCGAACCGGAACCCGCACCAGCAGGUUGGGUUCGGCGGGUUAGGUUCGGGCGGGGUGCGGGGGAUGGGAGGGGGGAUGGGUGGGGGCGGAGGGGGGAUGUUUGGCGGGAUGGGGGGCGGGAUGGGGGGAAUGGGCGGGAUGGGGGGGAUGAGGUUGAUGGAUGGGAGUGGGGGGAGUGGAGGGGGAUUCAGGCUUCUAGAGGUGGCUAAUGAGAAGGUGGGUGGGGGUGGGGAGGGUAUGGGAGGGAGAGGAGGAGCGGGAGGAGCGAGAGGGAGAGUGGGCGGCGGAGGAGGGAUGGGAGGGAUGGGAGGGGGCGUAGGGGGAAUGGGUGGGGGUAAUAUGGGCGGGUCUUGGCUGGAAGAGCUGAGGAGUGGCGGGGAAUCAGAUGUGAGUCUGAGUCAUGGGUUGAGUGCUAGUAGGGAGUUUAAACCGGGGACAGGGGAGGACAGAGGGAGGAGAGGCAGAGGGAAGGCAGUGAGGCGGAGAGGGGAGGGUGGGGAUGGGGAGGAGGGAGAGGAGGAGGAGGAGGAGGAAGAGGGAGAAGGUGAGGAGGAGGAAGAGGAGGAGGGGGAGGGGUUGGAUCUGGGACAGGGGCGAGGGGGGCUAGGAGGGAUGGUGGAGGAGGGAGGGUCCAUGUCUGAAGAGCCUGAGCAGCUGGAGGGGCAACACAACCGGCAGCAGCAGCAGCAGCAGCGUCAUCAAGAGAAAGCCAACACAGCAGGAGCGGCAGCAGCAGGCGGGGCAGCAGCAGGAGUGGCAGGGGCAGGGGCAGAGGCAGGGGCAGGGGCAGCGGCGGCGGUGGCAGCGGGUGGUGAAGUGGCUGCGAGUGCCGCGAGUGGGCUUGGGAGUGCCGCGAGUGGGCUUGGGAGUGCCGCGAGUGGGCUUGGGAGUGCCGCGAGUGGGCUUGGGAGUGCCGCGAGUGGGCUUGGGAGUGCCGCGAGUGGGCUUGGGAGUGCCGCGAGUGGGCUUGGGAGUGCCGAGCCCGAUCGAUCCGACGAGGCUGAUACCAAGAAGGACGUGGACUCGCUCCCCCCUGAGGCCACAGGGGGAGCGGGUGCCACAUGGGGCGCAGGGGGGGAGCGGGGAGAGCGGGGGGGGGAGGGGGGAGCGGGGAGAGAGCUCCCGAGGUUGACGCUGGGGGGGGCGGGCGGGGAGGGGGAGGCGGCGGGGCUGGCGGGGGACUGGAUGGGGCGGGGAUGGGUGAAGCCGGGGCAGAGGCGGUCGAGGAAUCGCAACAGCGGGAAGGCGGCACGACAGCCGAAUGACGUCGCGGAUUAUUACUCCGAGUGGAGCGAGUCGGGGUCUGACCUGGAGCUAGCGGAUAGGGAGUUCAGGGCGGGGGGCGGCAGGAAGGGCAUGGACAACGGGGACGAGCUCUUUGACGAGGAAGGCGUGCCCUUCAGUGAGCGAGCAUCGAUGGUGGAGCAGGCAAAGCUAUUCGCUGCAGAGCAGCAGAAAUAUCUCAAAGAGCGCCAGGCUGUCAUCGAGGCCGCCCGGCAGGACUGGCAGCGCCAGAUGGCUGCCGCCCAGGAGGUCUCAGAUGAGGACGACAGACGCCGCCGCAUCCAGCACCUGACGGAUCUUAAAGCCACAUUGGACCAGCAUGUUAGGGAGCUGAAUGACGACGCCAGGCAUGGAGUGGGCCUGGUGCGGGGAGCGGUGGUGGGAGCGGGGAUUUUGGGAGAGGAGGGAGGGGAGGGAGAGGGGAAGGAGGGAGGAGGGACGGGGGAGUGGGAGGGAGGGGAGGGGCGGGGGGAAGAGGGGAGGGGGGGAGUGGGGAUUCCGCCAGGUGGCGGCGUGCGAUUGGAUCAGAAUGGGCCGCUGUUGAAUUUCCCGCCGGAUGCGAUUAUGUCCCGAGCCUCGUCGUUUGCUUCGGCGAGCAUGGGUCGGGAGAGCUUCGAUAUUGAUGAGAUGAUGGGCGGGCUAGGGCUGGAAGGGCCCUGGUCCAGACCUAGUCCCCGAAGCAGCCUUGGAGGCACGGGGGACAUGAUGGGAGGAGGUUCGGGUGGAGCAGGAGUGGGGGCAGGUGCAAGAGGAGGGGGGAUGGCGGGAGGGGCAGGGGGGGGAAGUGGAGGCAUGGGGAUGGGAAUGGGGAUGGGUAUGAGGGGCGGCAGUGGUGGUGCUAGCAGUAGUAUGGGGGGAAGGGGAUUCGGUGGGGGGAUGGGAGGGGGAAUGGGUGGUGGGGGGAUGGGUCGAGGAGGCGGGAUGGGGGGAGGAGGGAUGGGGGGGAUGGGAAUGGGGGGAGGCGGGAUGGGAGGGGGGGGGCUAGGAGGCAGGGACUCGUGGUUUGAUGAGGUGUACGGGUCGAGUUCUGCUGUUACAUCCCCCACUCUCUCCCCGCCUGGCGUUGCGGGCAGAAAUAUUUUCCAGGGGGAGUUUGACCUGGGGGAGGGGAUGGCAGAGAGCAGGUGUCUCGGCAAAGAGGAGCGCACAGUGGCUCGGCUCAGCAUCAGCAGGGCCGCCGCUCCUCAAUGGAUGUAUGAGCUCUCGCAUCAAACUCCUCAAAUGAUCUAA